UAGGAGGGGAGACCAUGACCUCCAGCUACGGGCACGUUCUGGAGCGGCAACCGGCGCUGGGAGGCCGCUUGGACAGCCCGGGCAACCUCGACACCCUGCAGGCGAAAAAGAACUUCUCCGUCAGUCACCUGCUAGACCUGGAGGAGGCCGGGGACAUGGUGGCGGCACAGGCUGACGAAAGUGUGGGCGAGGCGGGCCGGAGCCUGCUGGAGUCACCGGGACUGACCAGUGGCAGUGACACCCCUCAGCAGGACAAUGAUCAGUUGAACUCUGAGGAGAAGAAGAAGAGAAAGCAACGGAGAAACAGGACAACCUUCAAUAGCAGCCAGUUGCAGGCCUUGGAGCGUGUCUUCGAGCGGACACAUUACCCGGAUGCUUUUGUUCGAGAAGAUCUUGCACGUCGGGUGAACCUCACUGAGGCCAGAGUGCAGGUGUGGUUUCAGAACCGAAGAGCCAAGUUCCGCAGGAAUGAACGAGCCAUGCUGGCCAAUAAAAAUGCUUCUCUCCUCAAGUCCUACUCAGGAGACGUGACUGCUGUGGAGCAGCCCAUCGUACCUCGUCCUGCUCCCAGACCCACCGAUUAUCUCUCCUGGGGGACAGCCUCUCCGUACAGCGCCAUGGCUACUUAUUCUGCCACAUGUGCCAACAAUAGCCCUGCACAGGGUAUCAACAUGGCCAACAGCAUUGCCAACCUGAGACUGAAGGCCAAGGAAUAUAGUUUACAGAGGAACCAGGUGCCAACAGUCAACUGAGGAAAAAAAAAUAAUUAAACAGGCCUAAGAAGAAAUCAAAAACCAUAAGACACCUAUCCUGUUCUGUCAUUUCUUCAUCCGCCGGGAAAAAAAAUAAAAGCAAACAAACAAAGCCAGAACUAAAAUAUUGGGACCAUGGCGGAGAAAAGCAAGGGAGGAAACAAAAUGAAAAUUAGUUAACAAAUGAUUCUUCUUCCUCUUGGAUACCAUCACCAUUCGCUUGUGUGUGUGUGUGUGUGUGUGUGUGUGUGUGUGUGUGUGUGUGUGUGUUUGUGUACGUGUGUGCUUUCCUUCUAUCCAUGCUUUGCUAAUUGUACUCCAGUCUUCUUCCAUUAGGUUCAGCCCUUCCAUUCCUAUAAUUGUAGGAGAAUAAAAAAAAAUCUGCAGCAGCCAAAGAAGUACAUAUAUAUAUAUAUAUAUGAAAGAUCAUUUUUCAGUAACCUGUUUGACUUCAGUGUCUUACUCUGUAUCCUUCCAAGUCUUUCUAGGAGACUAUCUAGGAGAUUCUCAAAAUCCAAAGUCUUUCUGAAGAAACUGUAUUAUUGUGUCCAUGUUGGUCAUGGUAAAGUUUUUCUAUCAGCUACAGGAAAAAUAAAUGUACACAUGUUCUGGUCACUGAUCUGUCUGAUCGAUGUGGUUGGCCAUGUCUGGUGAACUCUAAACUCUGAGCUAUAGGUUGUGUCACCAUCACCCCACUCCUUACCCAACCCAAACAAUAAACCAUCCUAAGUUAAAGAUGCUCGUUGUUUUUGAACAAUUUCUGUCACUCAUUCUUUGGUAGAAGAAAUACUUUCAGUUUUAGAGAUGGAAAAAAUUUUGUAGGAAGACAAAUACUGAAUUGUGAAAGGCAUAGUCUAUAUCUCUUUGGUGCCUUAGAGGUGGUCAGAUGCACACUUUUAUAUAUACAUAUAUAUAUGCUGUAUAUAUUUAUAUAUAUUAUAUAUAAAAUAUUGAAAGCUUGAGUUUGCAGUUUCUCAAACACUAUAAAAGCAAACUCUUUGCCAUCACCACUGUCCUUAUUUACACAAUAAUGAUAUGUUAGUGGGGCAUCUUGCUGUUUUUCAUAUUCUAUACAAAAUCCUCAUUAAGGUCAGAGAGCAAUUAGCUAGGCAGCUGUUUGAGAACAGUUUUCAUUUUUACACUAGGGCUUUAAUGGAAUUAGGAAUUACUUGAUGUUUAUAGAGUUGACCUUGAAUUUGGACCCUGAGCUCCAAUGGAAAGUCUGUAUCAUCUGACUUAUCCCUGGAAAUACAGGUAAAGCAAUGGGGAAGACAGCAUUCUUUGUUUACUCCACAGGAAUAUGAAAGACAAGUAAUAUGUUUAAGUGAAGUACUUAAAGCUUUGUCUAAAUUUAAAAACAAUUAAGUACAAUCAUACUUUUACAUUUUAGUGGUUUUGAAAUGAGUUUUAGUAUCUAGGGUGGGAGGCAGGGCUGGUAUUUCUUUGUUUCUCUUUGUUCCCAGCUAUGCUUUGGCAACUUUCCUGGUGGACUUGACCAAACCAUGUUACCAUGCUGUGUCUAGUUUACCUGUUUAUAAAAUGGUUUAACAAUUCCUACCUCACAGGGAUGUUGUGAGGCUACAUCCAUACAUACGUCCUCUUUCUCUUCUCUCUCUUUCUCUCUCUCUCUCUCUCCCUUUCUUCCUUCAUUGUUCUUUGUUUGUCCAGCACUUUUUAGCCGUGAAACAAGAAGGGACGUUAAGAGCAUACAAUAUUCAUGGACUAACACAGUAUCUGAAAGCGUUGUUUUCUAGUAAGGAAAUGGUAUCUGGCUGUACAUAAAUAUAACCUUGUAUUUGGAAAUCAUAAAUAGGUUUAUAUUUUCAAAUAUCUCAACAAUUCACAUCAUUUGACCAAAGAAUAAUUUAAGGCACAAGUAUAGAGAUAUUUUUUAACUUAUAUUUUCAUCAACAGCUUGGUUUUAAUAACCAUAGUUCUCAGUGAAUAAAAAUCUUCAGACUGAUUUUGGCCAAGUAUGUCAACUUUGCAAUAUGAGUGACAGGCAGGCAAAGUAUUUGGAGUAUAAGGUUUACUUUUAGCACACGCUUGUACUUCCCUCAGCAUAUCUGGUUGAGUCAAUGGUGAUGUUUUUCCAGUUUAACAGGCACCUAUCUGAAAAUACAUUUCAAGUGGUUUUGUACUUUGUUCAAUAAUAAGAAGGAAGAUCAUCUUGUGUACUUUGAUCUCAUGAAGUGAUCCCUUCUCAACAACUACUAUUAAAACAUUUCUUUCAGAAUAGUUUAUGUGGUCUGGCUUAAUGCACAUUACUUGUUUUUAAGGGGUCUCCUCACUCAUGUAUUUGUCCCAUUGAUUGCUGUGUUGCCAAGUUUCAAAAGAACAGUGCAUCCCUAUUGUAAAAAUAUUCUUUGAUUUGUAAGUGAGUACAGGUCUGAGAGACUGGUAAACUUUGGGAAUUUAAAAUUUGCAGAGAAUGGCUAAAAGAUUUUGAUUAUAGGCAAGAAAGAGAAAUUAUAAAUGAAAAAAGCUUUCUAAAGAAUGCAGAAUCUUGGAAGACAGUUGUUUGAAGUCAUUUGAAACUUUCACCCUGACAUCCAUUCCCAGUAGACAUCAAACAAACCUGAUCCCAUAAACUCAAAGGAGUAAGUGGGAGGUUGUAUCCGAUGCAUUGUAUAAGCUGUUUCUUGGAAGUUCAUAGAAUAACCCCUGCUAGUUAGUCAUAGGCAUACCUGCAGCUGGUAGACCCAUAGCACAACAUCUUUAUCUGAGCACUUACUGGGAAAUAUACCACUAACACUCAAUUUUAUUCAUUUAUGACAAACUCUUUAAAAAGAAUAUAAGUUUAACAAGUGAUUUGGAGCAUUAGAUAUUAGCUUAUAAGUCAAUCACCAAAGGAGUGUCUCAGUGCCAGACUCAAGGCAUAUACCUAUUGCUCUCCAUCAGUAUAUACAGAUGAAGGCAUUAGGACUAUCAAUGUCCACAAUCCCUUCCCAAACAUGGAGCCAAUUAGUAGAGUACUUGGCAGGUUAAAUUAAACCAGAAGUAAUGACCUAAUUACAAAAAAGGGGAAUGGCAUAUGGUAAUAAAGAUCUCAUAAGAAAUGUAAUAUGUAAAUUAUAUCUUGCUUUAUGAUGUAAAAUAUACAUUGUUUGUGCUAGAAUAGAAAUGAUUUCUUUUCAAUAAAAUGAAAGACUGAUAA